AUGAUUGACAGUCUGCGGGAGAUACAGCACAUUCUAAAUCUGCCAGAGCUGAAGUUCGCGGAACUUCAUUCUGUGAGGUGGCUCAGUAUGGAGUGUGCUGUAGGAGCCAUGUUCAGGAGCUAUCCUGCUCUUGCCAUGUGUCUUGAACAAGAGGCUGUAUUAGAUGCGACUGCGAAGGGACUUUUCUGUGAAGUGUCCCAAUACAAAUUCAUCGCCACCAUGCAUAUGCUAAUGGAUGUGUUACCAUUCAUUGAAAGACUGUCAAAGAACUUCCAGCACGACAGUCUGGACUUCUCUAAGGUGCAGCCUCUUGUUGACAGUCUCAAGGACUUGUGUGAUGUUCCUGGGGAAUUCAUUACCAAGUUGGAGGAAUUCACAGUAAAUUGUGAUGGUGACACCAUGUACAGUCGCCCAGUAUCAGAAUCAAGUAGCGAAGCUGUAAGACUCAGAAUCCAAAACAACUACAAGUUUGAAGGAUUUGAAGAUAGUGAGGAGGAGGAGGAGGAUGAAGUUGAGGAUUGCAGCUUCAAACCAAUUCUUAAAUAUUAUCAGCAACAAAAAGACUCUGUCACCAAGACAUUCAGUAAUUACAUAGAAAUGGUUGUUGAAAACAUUCAAGACAGGUUUCAGGACUCUCAAGUUCUGAAUGCGAUAAAUGCCCUGGUGCCUAAAAACAUAAGUGGUUCAAAGAGUGUCGCCAUGUUUGGCAAUGAUGAUGUUAAGAUUCUUGUGAAGCAGUUCAAAAAGCAUCUCUUGAGUUCGACUGAGUGUUUGAAUGAGUACAGACAGUACAAGAACCUUGUUUCCGGUUCUUACAAAACAGAGACACUAGAAGCCAUAACCAGAACAAUCAUAACGAAGUAUCAUGAUGAGUUUCCCAACAUGACCAUCCUUUUGAAGUGUUGCACAGUUAUUCCCAUGAACAGCGUGAAAUGUGAAAGAGGCUUCUCAACACAAAACAGGAUUAUGACAAGGCUCCAAACCAGGAUGAACAACAAAACUCUUGAUGAUCUGAUGACAAUUUCGGAAGAAGGGCCAAGUAUGAACGAGUUUGACUUUUCACGCGCACUGACCAAAUGGAAGGCUGAAAAAGUCAGGAAACUUAACAAAUAG